UGGGCAGCUCCCAACUUCAGGAAUCAGAAAACUAGUUCUGAACCUUAGAUGCUUCAACCUAUAAACAGCGGAUACCAACGAUUAUAAAACUGGCCACACCCGAACCUUCUGCCCACAUGCCCCGCUCUGCGUCGUAGCGGCUUGACGUCAACCAUAGAGAUGAAAGGACCUCCCUCCGGCGCUGUGCUGUUCCGCUUUAUUUCUCGGCUUGGAACAUGGCUGCCCUAGCAACGGCGGCGCUUGUGGGAGCGACCAGGUAUCAACAGAAUGACAGCUGUUUUAGUGCUCCAGAUGCUCUUCAGCAUUUUCAGAGCUGGAAGAUCAAAACUGAUCAAGUUAAGAAAGCUGAAUUUAUAACAACAGGCAAUAAACUAAAAAAUCAACUUGUGAACCUUGAAAAGGAUAAAAAUAUUCUUCUCUUCAACAAGAAGAGUGAUUUUAGAAUGGAAUAUUGCAUAUUGGAAGAACUGGAACACAAAUUGACUAAAAAUCGAAAAACGGAAAAGACAAAAAUCCAGGAAAAACUGACCAGAAUCCAUAGUACUGUUAAAGGACUUCAGCGACAGCUAAAAGAUGUGAAACCGACUCCAGAAUUUGUUGACAAGCUUAGAGAAAUGAUGGAAGAAGCUGAAAUGGCAAUAAGUGCUUUUAAAGAAGAGCAACGACAAAUUUAUGAUGAACUUCUGAGAGAGGAGAAGACUGCUACAAAUGAGAUCAAUGCCUUGGAAAGAAAAAUUGAGAUGUGGGCUGUAGGAGCUUCAGCAACUGCAAGAAUUUCCAAGCAAUGUGUAUUUCCAGUACAUACAGAAGUCCAAAAUCAACUUCCUGAAGAAGUCCUUGAGCUUGAAAGAUUUCUUCAGCAAACUGGAGGAAGGCAAGGAGGUUGGGAUGAAUGUGAUCAUCAAGUCUUCCUAAAAAUUUGGAGAAAACAUAAAGGAAAACCAUCAUACAUCACUGAAACCCUUGAUUACCUCCCUGAUAGAACAAAGGAAGACAUUCAAUCACAUGAGAAAUGGCAUCAAGAAUUUCUAAUUUUAAAGUCACGUAAAAAGGAGGCCAUUCAAAAAUGGAAAAUGAAGAAACAAGAAGAAAAAGAUAAAAUAUUAUUCCAAAAAGAGAAUCAUGAGGAAGUGCCCACUGGUGUUCAAUUUCAGCGUGAAGAAGCUCAGAAGCAGAAAACUGAAGAGGAAAGGAAAAAACGAUUGGUAGAGCUUGAAGCAUGGAAGAAACAUAAAGCACUUGCAUGUGCCAUGAAACAGGCAGCUCAGUUAAAAGAGGAAGAAGAGAAGGAGAAAAAAAAGCAGAGAGAACGUCAGCGGCAGCUUCAAAUGAAGUUGGUGUUGGAAGAUUAUAGUAGAGAGAAAAAGGAACAGGAAGAGCUGCUGAGACUUGAAAAAGAAAAAAGAGAGGAAGCUGAAAGGGAAGAGAGGAAAAGAACUGCAGCAGAAGAAAUUGUUAAAUUCCAAGAGCGAGAUCUGCAUAAACUUGAGUUGAAGUUUCUAGAAAAGCAGGCAAAAGAAGAUGAAAAGAUUGAAAAGGAAAAAAGAUUGUCGAAGCUGAGAAAGAAGGUUCACAUUAAUGUAACUCGGGAUCCAUAUAGGUUAUACAAACCAACAAAAGUUUGGGAAGAACGAACAAAAGAGAUUGGACCUGUAGGUGCAGGGCCAGUUUUGUAUAUUCCUCAUAGGGCUGUCCCAAGCUGGCGACAGGGAUUAUAAUUGGACAUCUGCAAAUAAUUUAUUUGAAGAUACGUAACAGCAUAAUUUAUUACUAUAUUAGUUUAUAUUACAUAUGAGGAAAGUUGUACAUGCACAUAUAAAUGUUAUGACAUGUUAAAUAAAAAUCAGGUAUGCAUUGUUUCAUCGUGUAAAGUACUUUGAAAGGCUGUUUUUUUGUUUGCAUUUUCUUUCUCUAAAACCUGGAUUUAGUAAGUGAUUUCUUUUUGUAAAGUUGGGAAAGAAGUAAAUGUGCUGCUUUCUACAUACUUUCAUUAUUGUCUUCUUUUUCAACCUAGAAAUAAACAGAGGAAAUUAACAUAGCUUUACUUAGUAGAUUGAUUACAUAAUGUAUCUCAAAUUAACUUAGAAGUGUAAGCAGAUGAUAAAUAUAUUCAAGAUUCCUAAGAUGAGAUAUAAAAUAAUAAACUAUUGUUAUAGGGAAAAUGAGUAAUUUCUUAAUCACCAUCCUUGAAAACAGAUUAAAAAACUCUAGAGAGACAAAGUAUUAUUUUUCCUUCCUGCAUAGUCCUCCAAACAAUUGGAAAUGUUUCAAAGUAAGCUUGCCUAAGAUUAAGUUGUGUAACUUUUUUUUUAACAUGAGAGUCAGCUCCGUAGCCUGAAUUCUGCAUGCACAAGCCUUUUAUCAGCUUUUAAAAACAGUCUAUUUAAAGCUUGACAUACAUGUAAAAUAUAUUCAAAUACAAAAUGAAAGUAACAAUUUCAACAAAUUUGUAUAGAGGCACCUCCACACUUCUGCACAGGGGAAUGUGGGAGGUCUUAUCCUUUGUAACAAUGGUAUUAAAAGAAAUGUUUUCAUUUGGAUAGUUACUGCAAUUAUUUUAGCUAAUGAUAAUUUUUUAUUUAAAAGCAAGCGUAGCAAUUGUGUUAGUCCAUAUUCUGAAAGUCUUGUCAGACAAUAUCUUUUAUUAAGACUAUCCAACAAUUUUUUGGGGAGGGACCACAAAAUACCAAGACCGGGGAAGUGAUGGGAAGCUGAUUUGAUGUCAUAGUCUUGAAGUCUGCAUGAAGUCUCCAGACUUAAGACAGUGUUGAAAGAUGUACUCUGGAUCCAUAUUUUUGCAAUGUAAUGCAGCAAAUCUGUGACUUUUUUUUUAAACGGAGUGAUCAACAGAUCAAGAAAUGGGAUGCAAUAGUAAUUUCCACAGCAUAUGUUACAAAAUUCCUAAGGAUCCAUAGUGAACUGUGAUGAUGCUAGGAAACAAAGCAGUUGUGAUCUACAGUUAUUUAGGUAAAAAUCAUGUGCUUUCUUGGAAACUUCUGUGUUGCAUUAAUGGUUUCAUAGUGAAUCACAGGUUAUCUAGUUUUUUUUUUCAGAAAACAGUAGGUUCAGAUAUGAUCAGAAACUUGACAAUCAUUGACAGUGAGCACUAUUAUGUGAAAAGAUCUAUGCAGUCCAUGCAGAUUUGUGUCAUGUAUCCACAACCAACUGAUGUGGAAAUUCAAGUUUAUAAUUUUAAUGAUUCAGUCAAUGGGCUCUGUUUUAAAAUUUGAUACUGGUUUGUAAUAUCCCCUUUAAAACAUGUCAAGAAUGCAUGCCUUUAUACUAGGGGCAUGCAGAAAAUGGGAUUUUUUAAAAAUUUCAAACAUGGAACAUAUCACAUUUUGGAGGUUCUGCCAAACCAUUUGGUAGUUCUAGAACUGAAUCCAGGAACACUUUGGUUUGUCCAGGUUUCGGAUGAAACAGAAUCCAUAUGUGGUAAGAAAAGGCAGUGUUCACCAUCCUCUCUCUUCUCUGCAGCUCCAAGCAUGGCAUAGCCCAUUGGUCGUCCACCUCUGCUAUCUUCCUAGCACCUUCCCCUUCCCUUUUUCCACCGCCAUCCCUCAGCCACUGAUGUCCUUGACUUUUUCCCUGCAUUCUCCCACUACACCAAUUCUGCAAACACAAAAUGCCUCCAUUUCAUUCAAUGCAUGGAACAAAACAGCCUUAUUUCAAUUUGAGCAUAAGUCACCCAAAACUACCUGUUUCAUGCAAUGAACAUCUUGCACAUCCCUAUUAAAUGCAAUGCUGUAAAGAAUGGGCAUUGUGGUGUGGAAACUCCCUGUAAAAAAUCCUUCAGACUCAAAGUUUUGUGACAUCAUUCCAUGUUUCUCUGUCAUUGUAAUGCUACUGAAGAAAAUAUCCUUGAUUUUAACUGUACAAGCUCAGGUAUAUUCUAGGAUUUGAUGGUAGUUUUGGAAGGUCCCCUGUAAAAAUCCUGAGGAUCCACAUGAAAAUGUAGUACAGAUCCAUGUUUUGCAGUACAAUACUUCAAGGUUUAAUAAUCCAUGUCGGUUUUUGUAGCAUAUAGGUCUAUGAAUUAUUUUAAUAAUUUAUCAACGACAAAUAAGUAAUUUCAAAGAGAUCUUGGAGAGAAAUUACAUGAACAUUCCUAACAUUUCUGCACCUUCCUAAAUUUGUCAUAUCUGUAAUUUUUCUGGAUCAAGCCACGUAAACAGAUAUAAUCUGUAAUUUUGCAG